AUGGCUAAAGCCAAACUCGCUCGCCUGCAAACACAGAUCAAUUCAAAGAAGGGCAAGAAGGGUAAGGUGAAGGUCACAAACUCAGUCCUUUUGACUAGCAUGGAAAGCCAUGAACGACAUGAGGUGGAGGCUACUGAGUGCCAGGUGAAGGAGAAGAAGAAAGCAGAUGCAAAAGCUGCAAAGGCAGUCCAUGCAGCUGAGGAUCAGGUCCAUCGCACUCAGAUUCAGAACAAUGCAGGACACGUUUUCUCGGGCUUGCUCACCUCGAAGAACAAACCAGAGCUGGAGGAUAUCAUCAUCACUCUUGGCCUAGCAAGUGGUACAAAAGCCAACAUGAUACAACAUAUACAAGACUACUUCAAAUACCACCCUGAAGAUGCAACAAGUGCUUGCUACUCAGGCUUAUUUAGUGGUGCACAUCAUGGUAGACAUGCUGCCCCUCCUCCAACAACUGUUGAUGAGGUUGAAGAUCCCUGCUCCCCUUUUGAUGGCCACCCCUUACCACUCAAUCAAGUUGCAGGCCCCUCGCAUACUCCAGCUCAAAUUCCCCCUCCUCUUCCUCAAUACCCACAAUAUUUACACCAUCCCCAACCGAACUUCAGGCCUAAUCCCAAUAUGUAUGCUCAUAAUUACUACCACAUGCCAUAUACCUAUAAUACUUAA